GGCGAGGACAUUCCUUCAGGGGGCUGCUAAUAUUUUUGUGACCAUCAGCAGGUGCUUCCCGAGCGGCAUCAGGCUGGUGUGCGUCCGCUUUGUGCUGGUUUCAUCUCUUCGGGUUUCCUUGAAGUGUUCCCAUCAUGGCUUCCAAAAUCAAACCUUGGUAUAAGAAGUAUGAGAGCCAAGUCCAAACGGAUUAUGCGUCUCUUCGCUCUAGGCAUGUUGUCAAGCAGCAGACACAAAGAAAGUCGAGCUCUAGAUCGGUGAGCCAGGUGCAGAGCCUGAUGCAAAGCCAGGUGCAAAGCUGGGGGCAGAGCCGGGCGCACAGCCGGGUGAAGAGCCAGGUCCAGAGCAGAGUGCAGAGUCGAGCACUGAGCCAAGUCCAGAGCCAGGCGCAGACCCAGGAUACAGAGGCUAUGGAGGAACUAAGCUACACCAUACCGGUGUUCCGCCGGAGGACGACUGAGGAAACGGAGGAGUACCAGCGAGUGUCCACCAAUGUUGAGAAGGGACUGGCUGUGAUCCAGGAGGAACUCCACAGGAUGAGAAUGGCCACCAAGGCCCAAGUGGACAGUCUUGCUAUACAGAGAGAAGUUCAGGAGAAGAUGAUGAGGAAAGUGGAAUUGCUGGAGGGAAUGCCGAGGCUUCCGGACUUUCUGGUGGCCCUGCGGCCCCACACCGUGUGGGAGAAAACGCCUGUCAAGCUGUUUUGCACAGUGCAGGGCAACCCGAGGCCCAUCGUUAAAUGGUAUAAAGGAGGUGUUCCCGUUGACCCGCUGAGCGCUCCGGGAAAAUACAAGAUAGAAGGCAAAUAUGGAGUCCACAGUUUGAUUAUUAGCAGGUGUGUGGUGAGUGAUACUGCAGAGUACAGUGCAGUGGCAGUAAACCAGCACGGCUCGGCCACCAGCAAGGCUGCAGUCAUUGUGAAGAGAGCACCGGGAUUCUGGGAGUCCUGCCAUCUUGGUCUCGUUCCACAUCUGACUGAGAUCCACCCCAGUAAGCUGGAGGUCUCCCUGCUGGAUCGGUUCUCAGCAAGCUUUGGUGUGGAAGGCGGCUCCAUCAGUCUGGCAUGCAGCAUGGUGGUGGUUCCUGACCUGCCCAACCUGCCACCGCUGGCUCAGUGGUACAGGGACGACAAGCUGCUGAGUCAAAGUGAUCUGGUGCAGAUGUCGGUGAGCGGCUGUGCAGCCCGGCUGACGCUGCCCCACCUGGCCAAGGAUGACGAGGGUCUCUACACACUCCGUAUCUUUGCAAAGGAUGGCACCACUGAGCACAGCGCCUACCUGUUUGUUUCAGAUGCCACACGUUCUGCUCCCGGAGCUCCCGGCGCACCGAUGAGUGUCAAGGCAUUCGACAUCAACUCGGACUACGUUCUUGUUGCCUGGAAACCACCUAAUACGGUUAAUGAGGCUCCCAUCACUGGAUACUUUGUGGACAGGCGUGAAGUCGGCAGUGAUACCUGGGUUCAGUGCAAUGAUACUCCUGUGAAAAUCUGUAAGUACCCAGUACACGGCCUGAAGGUCGGCCACGCCUACCAUUUCCGCGUCAGAGCCGUCAACAGCGCGGGCAUCAGCAGGCCGUCCCGCAAGUCGGACAAAGUGACCGCCAUCGACCCAGCUGAGAGCGAACGGCUGCAAGUGAUUAAAAUCCAUGGAAUGCACGACAUAGUGAUCAAGGAUGAUGACCUGGAAGGCUACGUAAGCAUCCCGGGGGAGCCCACCGACGUGCACGCGUCUGAGAUUUUCAAAUCGUACGUGGUGCUGAGCUGGAAGCCUCCUAGCCCUCGUGGACGGGCGCCGCUGUGGUACAUCAUCGAGAAGUGCUUAGCGGGCACUGGAGUGUGGCAGCGGAUCAACACCGCAGUCAAACUGCACUCUCCUCGUUACCCCGUUUUUGAUUUGCAAGACGGCAAACAGUACCAGUUCAGAGUCUAUUCGGUCAACGUGCACGGCUCCAGCGAGGCCUCGGCGCCCUCGGAGCCCAUCCAAAAGGUCGACCAGCACGGUGUUGAGCUGCCAGUUGGCGUGCCCUCUGUGCCCGGUAAGGUGACUGCGACCCGGAACAACAAGACAUCUGUGUUUGUUCAGUGGGAUCCUCCAAAACACGCGAAGAACCUGAUGGGCUACUACAUCGACGGCCGCAUGGUCGGGUCCAAGGACUGGUUCCCGUGUAACAACAAACCCUUCAGACUCACCAGGUUUGUGGUCCACGGACUGAUCCCGGGUGAGACUUACGUGUUCCGUGUCCAAGCCGUCAACGUGUUCGGCCUCAGUGAGGAAUCGGAGGAGUCCUCUCCCAUCGCCGUGGAAUCCGCCCUCGGUCAGGGCGCGCAGUAUGCGACUCCCAGCGCUCCAUUCGGUAUCACCUUGCUGAGCUGCGACGGCUCGUCCAUGACCGUGGCCUGGAGGAAACCCAAACACCGCGGCGGCUCCCAGAUCAACGCCUACUACAUCGACAAGCGCGACGUCGACUCUCUGGUGUGGCAGGAGGUCAACCAGGCCGCCGUCACGGAGAGGAUCUGCACCGCGGACAAUCUGACGGAGGGACACUUCUAUGAGUUCAGGGUGAAGGCCGGUAACGUCGCCGGCGUGGGUUUGCCCUCAGACCCCAGCGACCCCAUGAAAUGUGAAGCUUGGACGAUGGCAGAACCGGGUCCAGCGUACGACCUGAACUUCUGCGAGGUCAGGAGUCACUCUCUGGUCCUUCUGUGGAAAGCUCCGGUCUACACUGGAGAAAGUGCCGUCACUGGAUACUUUGUGGACAUGGCCAAGAAAGGCUCAUCCGAGUUCACCACCCUGAAUCAGGAAGCUGUGAGCCGCCGUUACCUGCAGGUGAGCGGUUUGGAGGAAGGUGAAACCUACAUGUUCAGAGUGCGUGCCGUUAAUCUGCAGGGCAUCGGCAGAGCGUCGCAGUUAUCUGAUCCCGUCUGUGCCAAACCUCCUCCAGGUACUAAAGAGAUCGUGUGUGGCGUCGACGAGGAGACCGGAGACGUGUUCCUGUCCCUUGAAGCCUGUGAGAUCUGUGAGACAUCCAAGUUUGUCUGGUCCAAAAACUACAAACCUGUCGGCGACUGUCCCAGAGUGUCCGUCACCACAAAGGGCAGAACCUCCAGACUGACGUUCACAAACCCUGAUAAAGACGAUCUGGGUCGCUACUCUGUGGUCGUGACCGACACCGAAGGCAUCUCUUCCAGCCACACGCUGACUGAGGACGCUCUGAACACCAUGUUGGAGCUCAGCUACGCCAUCAGACACCCCAUCGUUCCCCUCAAACACGGUCUGAACUACGAGAUUCUGGAGAAAGGUGUGGUUCGUUUCUGGGUGCAGGCUGUCAAACUUUCCCCGUCUGUGUCCUACCGCUUCAUUUUUAAUGAUAAGGAGGUGCAAAGUGGUGAGGGUUACAAGAGCAGCCACGACGUGGCGUCUGGAAUCAUCCAGCUGACUGUGGAGCAUUUCACCAGAUCCAACGAGGGCACCUACACCGUCCAGAUCCACGACGGCAAGGCCAAAACCCAGAGCUCUCUGGUCCUGGUGGGAGACGUGUUCAGAGCUGCUCUGAAGGAGGCGGAGUUUCAGAGGAAAGAACACGUCAGGAAACAAGGUCCACAUUUCUCUGAGUAUCUGUAUUUUACUGUGACUGACGACUGCACCGUCAUGCUCGCCUGCAAGGUGGCCAACGUGAAGAAGGAAACGUCUUUCCACUGGUUCAAAGAAGACGAGGAGAUCGUUCUAGAAACUCCUCCUAAUGUCAUGUCUGGAGCGUGCGCGCUCUCAGUCCCACUGUUCUCCAGAAAAGAUCAGGGUGUGUUUAAGGCGGUGCUCGGUGACGACCGCGGGAAGGACACGUCUGUGUUUGAUAUUUCAGGAAAGGUGUUUGAUGACAUCAUCAACGCCCUUGCUCGCAUCGCUGGUGCGUCUGCGUCUGAGCUGACUCUGCAGUGCACCCCGGAGGGCAUCAGGCUGCAGUGCAACAUGAAGUACUACACAGAGGAGAUGAAGACUGUGUGGAAACACAGGGACAGUAAGAUCGCCUCCUCAGAGAAGAUGAGGAUCGGCGGCUCGGCGGAGAUGGCCUGGAUGCAGAUCUGCGACCCGUCCGACAAAGAGAAGGGUCACUACUCCAUCGAGAUCUCUGACGGUGAGAAGACCUACACCAGGACCUUUGACCUCUCUGGACAAGCGUACACUGAAGCUUACGAGGAAUACCUCAGACUCAAGGCAGCUGCGUUUGCAGAGAAGAACCGUGGCAGAGUGGUCGGCGGUCUCCCUGAUGUCGUCACCAUCAUGGAAGAAAAGUCUCUGAGCCUGACCUGCACCGUUUGGGGCGAGCCGACCCCAGAAGUCACCUGGUUCAAGAAUGAGCAAGAAGUCUCUUCCAACGAGCACACAAAGAUCACAUUUGAAGGCGGCAAGUUCUCCAGCCUUGUCAUCAACGACGUCUCGCCCGACGACUCGGGCAAAUACAGCAUCAACGUGCGCAACAAGUACGGCGGCGAGUUCGUUGAGAUCACCGUCAGCGUCUACAAGCAUGGUGAGCAAAUUCCUGAGGCAAAACAGGGACUGCCCAAGAUGGCCUCUCCUGUAGCCACACCUCCGCCCUCCAAGACCGCCACCCCCGCCCCUAAGGCUCAGUCUCCAGUGCCGUCCAGGAAGAGCCCGACUCCAUCCUCUUCCCCCGGUUCUACUCCGGCACCCAAGUCGCCAACCCCUCCUCGCAGCAUUAAGUCACCCACCCCGCCUAGAUCCAUGAAAUCCCCACCCCCACCAAGGAAGUAAACGAUUUAGCAUCGGCAUGCUAACUUAUAGCUCGAGUGUGAAGCUGUUAGCGUACUUUUGGAUGUUGUCUUUGUUAACGUCUUUGUAAACUGUUUCUUUGUGUUCGCCGUAAACCUGCUAAAGAAGAACUUUAAUCGCAGCUUUUUUUAUGUUUAUGUCUUCAGAUACAAUAAAUUCUCAAAUAGUGACCCAGUUAUUUACCAAAAUGUAGAUGGAACAGGUUUUAGAGUGACACGCCCAUAAAUACUGUUUUGACUCUGUAAUUAAUUUAUUUCUGUUGUUUUUCAUCGUGGCCAUGUAACGUCAGUCAUACUCAACAUUUCAUGUUUCUAAUUAAGUUUCCACUAACUUAAAACUCAUUUCCUGGCUUUUAUUAUGAAAUAACAGCAGGAAAUGUCAAGUUUCACUGACGGCAGCUUAACAACAAAUGAAAACACAGAUUAGAGGUGAUAAAAACAGUAUUUAAAUUAAAGAACAGCCAAGUCCAUUAUCAUGCUGACAUAAAUAUUUUGGGAAUAUUUAACUCAGCUUUUAUUUGAGACCGUCCUUUUUUCUCAUCCGGUCUACAAAGUCACUUUAAUUUGAGACAAUUUAAUUUUUUAAAAUUCUGCAGACUUUUGAGAAUUUAUGGCUUCAUGUCCUUUAAACUAAAAAGAAAAAAAAAAAAAAGAAAAAUUGAAAAGCAGAGUAGAUGUUCAGGGCAUAAA